CUGAACGACUCGCUUCUUCUGUGGUGAAGUCGUUAGGGAUACAGCCACAUAAAAGACUGAAACACCGUUUAUCAUAGUGGAUUUUAUUUCUUUUUGCCCUCAGGAUUGAUCAGCUAAUUUGCAUAAAGGUGCCUCCAGAAUGGACCUGCUACCUGACGUGUGGAGGCAGGACUACUGGCUUCCUACAGGUGUGACCUGGAGAGACGUGGAGCAGCUGGCUGACUCUGACCGACCACUACCCCUCGACCUCCUCAUAGCUCUGCCCCUUGCGCUGGGCUUUGUCGCCCUGCGCUACGUGUUCGAGAGGUUUUUUGCCCCACCCAUGGGCAGAUGUUUGGGGGUGAAGAAAAGAUUACAGGUGACUGCCGCCCCCUCCCCGAAGCUGGAGUCGUUUUACACCCAGAGGAGCAGACAGCCGACACAGAGUGAAAUUGUUAGUCUGAUGUCGCUGUGUGGCAAAUCCCAGAGGCAGAUUGAGACCUGGUUCAGACUUCGCAGGAACCAAGACAGGCCCUGUCAAACCAAAAAGUUUGGGGAAGCUGCUUGGAGGUUCUUUUUCUACCUCACAGCCUUCGUGGCUGGACUGGCCUGUUUGAUUGAUAGACCAUGGUUCUGGGACUGCAGGGAAUGUUGGAGGCAAUAUCCAAUUCAGCCCAUGGAGAGAGCUCAUUACUGGUACUACAUGCUAGAGUUGGGGUUUUAUGGCUCGUUGCUUCUCCGGAUCUCUGUGGACAUCAAGAGGAAGGAUUUUAAAGAACAAGUGAUCCACCAUUUGGCCACCAUCUUCCUGCUCAGUUUCUCCUACUGCGCCAACUACAUUCGCAUCGGCACCUUGGUCAUGCUGCUUCACGACUCUUCCGAUAUCCUACUCGAGUCUGCCAAGAUGUUCAACUACGGCACUGGCUGGAGGAAAACUUGUGAUGCGCUGUUUGUUGUUUUUGCUGUGGCCUUCCUUGUGACUCGUCUGGUGAUUUUCCCCAGCAAAAUCCUCCACACAACCAUGGUGCUGUCCAUGGAGGUGUUUGAACCUUUUCCCGGCUACUACUUUUUCAACGUCCUGCUGAUGGUGCUGCAGGCUCUUCACAUCUUCUGGGCUGGCUUAAUCUUGCGUAUGGUGUAUAAGUUCCUGAAAGGCAAGCUGGAAAAAGAUGAACGCAGUGAUGAAGAGAGCGAGGUUGAAGAGGAAGAGGAUGAUAAAGGAGGAGAGGAAAAUGUGGAUCAAGGAGAUUAUUGUUGGGAGAGAAGUAAAGACACCCUAAACUCUAAACUGUCUAUGCUGACCAACAGUUGUGUCCUAAACAACUUGACCAACCACAGGGCAUCUGUAGCUGACAGGAUGCGUAAAGCUCAGUAAAGUCUUGAUGAUUUUUUUUAUAUAAAGUCAGUUUUUUUUCAUCCCAAAAUGAAAACAGCCAUGGUUUACAUAUUGAGUGAUAUAUAGAUGCUUAUUACCCUCUUUACUACAGUCCCUGUAUGCUGAUGUCAGCGUGCUUCACGAUUAAUGGAGAGUGAAAUUAGUCAUCAUUAGUCAUUACAAAAGUCUGACAUAGCAGAGGAUAGUUUCGAUCUAUCGACCUCUGGGUUAUGGGCCCAGCACGCUUCCGCUGCACCACUCUGCUACGCACCCCAGAUGGGACUCGAACCCACAAUCCCUGGCUUAGGAGGCCAGUGCCUUAUCCAUUAGGCCACUGGGGCUGAUACGUCCACCAGGGGGGCCGCUGUUGACAUCGUCAUAGUAACACAAGCACUGUAAUCCUUUUUAAGUUACUUUUUCUAUGCACAGGGAUGGUAGUCGUAGUAGUAAAAUCAGGGAAUCAUGAAAGUGUUCAGUGCCUGCCUGAUGUUUCUCAUCAUAGUAGCCGACGCUGCAGACUGUUUACACUGUUUGUCAUACAGCACGUUCACAAAGCACAUGUUUGAAAAUGAAAAAGAGAUUGUAACUAAGAUAUAGCACAAUAGUGAAACAAAAGAUGUCAACUUAGAUAGAUAGCUGAUGUAAGACCCAGUAUAGUCAGAAGAAGUGGUUGUUAAAUAUUGUAAAAAAAAAUAAUUAAAUUGUUACACAACAUGCAGUAGACAUUUAAAAGCAGGAAAUAAAGUCAUACAUUUACUCUUUCUGAGUAUGUCUCUUGUGAUGAUUUAAGACAAUGAAAUAGUUUUGAAAUGUGAUCCAGUACCCUAGACCAUGGACCCCCAUUUGAUAAGAUUUUGUCCCAGGGUCUCACAUUUGAUAGGAUUUUUGCUUUUAAAUGUUUGAUUUCAGAAAGUGUAUGAAAUCCAUGACCAAAACAGUCAUACAUUCUGUCAUUGUGUUACUUAUUGAUUGACUUAUAGGGAAAAUAAAUGAUUCCCUUUUUGACUGGGGACCCCCUUGAACUCCCUCAAGGACCCCUGUGGGUUCCCGGGCCCCACUUUGAAAACUACUGUUAAAUCAUAGUUAUAUUUGAUUCAUUGUUUUAGAACAAUAACUAUUGAGGCUCUACCUUUUAUUCCUUACUGUUAACCUGUUCAUAUUUAUGAACCAUAACGCUAACCUGUUUUUUGGCAUUGCACAUAUUGUAUAUAUAUUUUGGAUUUGCACCUUAUUGUUAUUGUUAUUUUUAUAUUUGCAUUCUGUCCUACUUUGUACUGCAACUGCUGCACAGCAAUAAAUAAAGUUCCAUCUUAUCACAGACUGAAAUCCUGCUGUAUAGCUUCGUCUGUACCACAGUGCCAUCUGGUGGCUCACACCAGGAUGCCACUACAGGCUGGGUGCCGGUGUUAUGUUGAAUAAUGUUCCCCAUUUGAAUAGUGUUUCCCAUCCGUCAGGUUUAGGUAGGGGGAAACACAUAUCGAGUGGAAAGUGGAAAC